AUGCUAUUGACUGGAGUAGCAGUGAGCCCUCAUAAAACGCAGUGUAAAAACUCACCUUCAACAAUAAAUAUGAAGACUUCAACAGCUAUAUUUGUCCUAGGCAUGAUUGUCGCCUGCGCUAUCAUCUCCACUGACGCCGCCUGUCCAGGCUCCAAGUUCUUCAAGGCGCCUGCAACGCUCUUACCCAGGACUGCAAUUACCACUGCACCGCAAUCGAGCAUGCCACGAGUGGCCAAUUUGGGACACAUAAUUCCAUUAACUCCCGCAGUGAGUACACCAAUUGGCUCUGUACACAAAAUUAAAAAUCACAACCACAACAAUGAAGGCAUCAAUGAUAAUCCUGGCUUUGACCAUCAUCGCCUGCGCCGUCAUCUCCGCUGA